AUUUCUUUGCAUGGUCAUGCGCCAGGCGGGGUUUUUCACAACAACGUGAAAAACUGUUUCAGCUUCAAGCAAGAACGCUUUUAGUAGGCUAUAGCUUGAGUCUGCUCUUUUCGACACGCUGAAACUAGCGCUGUUUUUGGAAAAAACUAAAGAGUAUUGCAGUAAAGGAAAAAAAAGUCAUAGAGGUCUGUGUCUUAAGGAAACUACAAGCCAUGAGUGACAAAGAACAGUGUCGUAUGCCACUGGUUCCAGAACAGGCUGCCAUUCUGGGACAGUGUAGAAGAGACUUUUGCGAUGCUGUUAAUGUCAAAUUUAAAUGCACAGCUGUUCUCCACAAUGUGGAACAGGCUGACCACUUUGGUAGUAAGACAAGAGGUGUCUGGCGUGGUGAGAAGAGGUACUCCACAAAGCUGUCCAGUGGAGUUGAAGUAUCAGUCUGGAAAGACGAUCUUACCCGUCAUAAAGUGGAGGCUGUGGUCAAUGCAGCCAAUGAAAAUCUAAAUCAUGGAGGGGGUCUUGCGCAAGCACUGUGUGAGGCUGGAGGAGCAAUGAUCCAGAAAUGGAGUGAUCAUCAUAUACAUAAAGUGAAAAAAGUGAAAACUGGUGAAGCUGUACUUGGUCCUGCUGGAAAUCUCCCAUGUCAAUAUAUCAUACAUGCUGUGGGACCCAAAGUGUCUCAAAAUCCAACCAAGAAGGAGAUUGAACAUGCCAGUCCUUUGUUAUAUAAUGCUAUUAAUAGUAUCCUACAAAUAGUUGUAAAGGAAAACAUUUCCUCUGUUGCAAUUCCUGCUCUGAGUUCUGGCCUUUUCAAUUUUCCAAGAGAUCUCUGUGCAGACUUGAUUGUAAAGGCUAUACAGCAGUUCCAUGAAUUUGGAGGGUUUCAAGACAAGAAUGUUGAAAUCCGUCUAGUCAAUAAUGAUGAACCCUCGAUCCAAGAAAUGGAGAGAGCAACUAGGGCGAUGUCAGAUCCGACCAGCACCUCUCCCUCAUACAGUGGAGCUCUGCAAGGCAGAAACCAGAGCAUGACCUCCUCUUCAAGCGGAAGUUUGCAGCUUGGCAAAAUAACACUGACCUUAAAAAAGGGCUAUAUUCAGGAGGAAAAGGCUGAUGUAAUUGUGAAUACAAUUGCGACAAACUGUGAUUUGUCUAAGGGGGAGAUUUCAAAAGCUAUUUUGAACAAAGCUGGCAAAAAAAUUCAAGAGGAGAUUUCCAGAAUGAGAAACCCCAUAAAUUUCUCAGGUGGUCAUCUCUAUUCCACGAAUGGGCAUGGAUUAGGCUGUCAUUCAGUAUAUCACAUUGCAAUGACAUAUACGUCCAAAACGACUCUUUACAGUAGUGUCACAGAAUGUCUGAGGAAAGCUGCUCAGGGAUACAAGUCCAUCUCCUUCCCAGCUAUUGGUACUGGUAAUCUGGGCUUUCUGAAACAAGAUGUUGCUAAAAUCAUGAUGGAUGCUGUUGCAGAGUUUAGCAAACAAUACAUGAAUAAACUGGAAGUUUACUUUGUUGUGUAUCCAAAAGACAACGAAAUGCUACAGGCAUUUGAAAAUGAGAUGAAAAAGAAAAAAGGAGCACCUAAUUACCCAGAAGUACACAAUAACUUGGCAACAAGCUUUACUUCUGCAGCUAAAGAAACCACAGCAAAUGAAACGCCUACUGUUGAGUUCUACAGUGUCUCCAAUGAAGCUCUGAGAGAAGCAAAAGAGUGGACAAUUAAUAUGCUACAGCCAUCAAAAACAAAAAUCAUAAAGAACAACCAUGUCAUACAUUUUGGACAAGAAGACCAUAUGUAUCUUCUCUCUCUCCAAACAAUGUUGAAUGUUCACAUUGAGGAGUUCUUCAGGAAUGGUAAAGGUGGCAUAACCAUCACUGGAAACCCUUUAGAUGUCAGUUGUGCAGCAAUUAAGGUGGAAUACCUGCUUUGUAAGGCCCAGGAGGACUUUGCCCGAACUGAAGAAUGUGACAUACUGUAUUCUGUGGUUCGCUGGAGCUGUAAAAUUAAUCAAAUAAGGAGGAUUAUUUGCUCCAUCCUACAGAAGUGA